AUGUUCUUUUCGCUCGCUCAGACUUUGGUCUGCGUUCUGCUUAUCAAUGGCGGACUUUACGCUUUACACUUGAGCGGCAACGGCAACGGCGGCGAGAAGCAGACGACUAACGCUGGUGCCGCUGCUAGUGCCGCCUGGCAGCAGCAGCAGCAGCAACAACAGCAGCAGCAACAGUUGCAACUGCAGCAACAGCAGCAGCAACAUCAGCAUGCAGGCGGCGGACUAGCGCCACCUGGCGGCGGUGCAUUGAAUCAUAAUAAUCAUGCACAUCGUGCGGCUGCAGCGGCUGCUUUUGAGGCAACCACAGGACGCUUGAAUAAGGAAAUUGCGGAUAUGGCGCAAUUGGAACGGGAGCGUUUAAUGUUGCUCGGUUUGGCCAAACAAACCGCCGAGAGUCCUGUGGCGCCAUCUGGCCAUCAUGGUCGUCCUAUCAUAGCGGGACGCAUACAAAUGCAACCCAGCGAGGAUCUGGAUGUUGGCGAUUAUCCGGCGCUGUUGCAACAGGCGGCACGUGGCUUCAUGUUUGGCAGCGUGCAGAAACAACCGCCGCCGCCGCCAAUGGCCGCCGAUGCGGAGGACUACGAGCAACUGCGUCAAUUUGGCCGUCGCCCGGUCAAAUACGAUUAUGGGCGUGUCGUGCAGCCGACGGAACGGGAACUGGAAGCCGAAGCUGAAGCUGAGGCAUUGUAUGAUCACAAUUUUGGUGACUUUGAUGACUUUUCCGAAUUGGAGGCGACUCCCGAGGAGUCGCAUAUGGGCGAGGAUGAAUUGCUACGUGAACUCGAUGCCUAUCAGUAUCACGGGUUGGAGGAGGAGCUGCCCGAGAAUCCCUAUCGCACUUUGGAGCAACUGGAACAGCUGCAACACACAGCUCCGGAUAACUUGCAACAGUUGUUUGAGCCGCAACAACAUGAUGCAACUGUGAAAUCGAACUCCAAUUUAAAUUCGAAGUCCCAUGGCAACUACAACAUUCGCGUGCAACAGAAAUGGGCCAGAAAACGCUCUCAAAAUCAAAAGCCACAAGUCAACUUGCAACGCAACAUUUUUGGCCAACACUUUAAGCAGCAACGUGGCAAACUCGCUUUGGCCAAUUCAGAGGCAACGGCCAGCAAACAUUUGAAAGCGUCAACCCGUUCUGGCAGCUCCAAUUCACAGAAACAGACACAAGAGGCAGCUUCAUCGUCAUCAUCUGCAGCUGCAUCAUCAGCUGAUGUUGCACAGCAGCAGCAGAAACAGCAAGCAACAACACAACAACAAUCGCAAUCUCAACAGGAGCUGAAUAAAAAGGAAUCGGAUCAACAGUUGAUGCAUCCAAAUCAUAAGCGUUCCGGCAGCGCUGGUGGUGCAACUAUUGGUGGUGCAACUGCUGGUGGCUCACUCGGUGGCUAUGCAUCGCCGCAAGUGUCGCACAGCGUUGCCAGCCAGCUUAUGUUGCGCACGCCGCGCGGACAGCGGCAAUACGAUGUGCCACAAAUCGAAUGUCCCACCGCAAUGGAUGGCAUGGAGCGUUUUGCCUGUCCCACACCGGAUCUGCAGGGACGAUAUCGUUGCAUAGACGAUCAUGUGCUAUGCGAUGGCUUCAUCGACUGCCCCGAGGGUGAGGAUGAGGACAGAAGAUCCUGCAUGUUCUACAAGACGACGAAAGCUCAUUUGGAUGUGUUAGCGGAUGCGUUAUUACGAUGGGCGCGGGGGCGUUAAGCCCAUAAAAACCCCAACAAAAACACAGACACAGAUACACACACACACUCACACUCACAUACACCUAAAUACAUAAAC